CGGCAGCAGCAUGCCAGCAACCAAACAUAGCAUACAGUUCCAGAGGCUGCGGAUCGAGGAAACGAGUCGAACCGGGUGGUUGAUCUAACCCCUCCAUCCACUCCCACUCUACCUGUGUCCUCACCUACCUUCCGCCAUUGCUGCCUCCGCCGCCGCUCAACCACAGCAAUACGAAUAGUUCUGAAAGUGGCAUAUAAUACCAUAGAAGAGGAGAGGAUCUUGACAGCAAUGGCAGCAUCUGCAAAAACCCUGGCCACUGCCAAAUGUUUAGAUGGAGAUUGGACAGUUGUUUUACCCCGUCGUGGAAGACAGAGGAAACACUUGCCAAGAAUUAGAUCUGUGGAACAGCAACAAUCAUGGGCUCCAACUGAUCUUGAAACUGAUCCUAUCAGAACAUCUAAAUUAAUGCAGAAGAUGCAGAUCUGCAUUAAGAAAAUUGAGAGCUCUCCAUUCUACCAUAUUUUACUGGAUCAAAUCCAAACUACAGAAAUCGUGUGCUGCUUGCACAGGGUCCUAGGCUCAGAGUUGAAGAUGCAAAUGGUGAUUUACGGUAUAGGCAGUAUCGAAUCAUAUGAAGCCCCUCGAUUGCAGCUUAGCCUUGCAAUCUUGAUGAAGAAAAAGUUAAGUUGGAUUGGAGAUAUUGAGGUUUUUGACCCUAUUCUUUCUGCUACAGAAUCUCGGGUAUUGGAAGCUCUAGGUUGUUCUGUUCUAUCAGUAAAUGAGCAAGGACAUCGAUGUGCUCUUAAGCCAACAAUAUUCUUUAUGCCACACUGUGAGGCAGAGUUGUAUGACAAUCUAUUGCAUGCAAAUUGGGGAGUGGAGCUAUUGAAUAGGGUAGUCUUGUUUGGAAAUAGCUUUGAGACGUAUGAGCAGCAUGUUUCAGAGUUCAAGCACUCAGCUAUUGUUGAUUCAGUAAGGCAUAUCUUGGCUAUUCGUCCAUUUACAAAGGAGUUUAAAAUCAAGACAGUUUCAGAUGAUUAUUUUGGUGCUUUCCAUGAUUCAAGUUGGCAUUUUUUCAGCCCUGUCCUUGAGACAGGGCUGCAGUUCAUCAAAAUUUGAUGAAAAAUAUCCCAGUGGUUUCAGUUAUUGGUCGAUGAUUGAAGCAUUUAUAUAUAUAUAUAUACAAAUUUUCUCUUGAAUGGGUUGUUUGUUGCAGUUGCUUGGUUUGGGGACCUAAACAACCCAAGAUUUAAGUCUGGAUAGCAGAAACUACCUCUCUUUAAAACACCUAUUACCAUUAUGUAAUAUUAUUUUUGCCAUCUUUCUUCGCAAGGGAAGUGUAUAUUUUUCACCCCCUUCUGCUUAUACAUUUCACAUGAUAUUAUGGAUGACCUUCUUAUUGUCUUAUUGAUGUUUAUAUGGCUGAAAAUCUGGAAUUUAUAUUCUGAAAGACUUGCUCUUGCUGAGUGAGUGGGAUAAGAUGUGUGAGUCGGUGAGCGGGCUUUGGAUUGGUUGUUACUUUUUGGAGGAUUUUUGAUUUGCCAUAUAUAAUUCAACUCCUAUAAUAUGGAGUUGACAUCGAAUUAUAUGAAUCCUUAUACUUUAUUUAAAAAAGGGUACCAAAACUAUAUAGGAACAAAUGUAUGAACAUGAACAAAAGCACAUCUAAAUACAUGCACUCGUGUGCACUCAACCAUGAUGGAUAUUCAGGAGCACAAAAAGGUUUUAAGCAGACUAAUGUCACUAAUCUCGUUUAACAAAUGAUCAUGUGGCAACCAUCAUGCACUUCAUUAUGCAAUGCCCAAAGUGCCACAACUGCACAGCAUCUAAAACUAAAUAUUUCCAUUCCCUGAUAAGAGAGACUUUCCCGGGCAUAAAAUAGAAUUUAUACACUAAAACCGAAAUUUUAUGCUUCAUCAAAAUGGCAGAUUCAACCACAAAGUCAUAUCUAUAUCAUUCAUACAUUCUUCACAUAUCCAUCCUCACAGAAGAAAAUCUAAUAGCAACAAAACCAGACUGGUUUGUUCCUUCCUUGAAUCUUG